GCAUGGCGCUCCGUUUGCCUGUUGUUCAUGGUGCCAGAUCUAUUUGUAGAUUACUAGAAGAUGGACGAAAGUAUGGAAGUGCCCCCAUGUUUUCCGUAAUGUUUAACAAUUUGGUAGAAAAGAGAAAUUAGGGAGUUGAAUGGGGAUAUGCGAGAAGUGGAUAUCACACGUCGCGGGGAGGUGGAAAAUGGAACUAAGUCACGUCUCCCUCCGAAACGGCUUGGGAAUAGCGCGAGAUACACCAAACUACAACGCGGUUUACCUCCCACGCGACAAUUCGACUACCACCUUACCUUGCAAGACCGGAAGGACAAGUCGUGUUAACCUUCUUGUUCAUAUCGUCUUGCUUCUCUCAUUUUUACUUCCUUCCAUCCAUCUCCCUCAACGUCAACAAAAUACCUUCUCCUCCCAUAAUUGCUUCUGGAACCCUAACUUGUCUUCCGCUCUCCGUACGGGUUCCUACUCGAACCCCAAAUUCCUCCCAUCUACCCUCCUGCUACUACUCUUUCCUUCUGAUUAACGCCCCCAAUAAUUUCCGGAAUGUACCCAACUACCCUGCACCCCAGCCCCGUCAAAGACGGGAGGCGCGUUCUCGGUGAAAAGACCGCAAACGCGUGUCUGUCAUCCACUCAUCAUCGGCCCGAUGUUUCGCCCAGCAAACGCCCGCUCCUCGAAGCACCUUCUCCCCCAAAGCUCCUUUCAUCUCCUUUAUUUGCUGGCCAAAAACGCACAAUUGAUCAGGUA